AUGACCACAGGACAUUCAAGUCAUCAUAACCAUACAUCAUCUCAUCACACUUCAAAUGAUCCAGGAAGAGAUGGUGGAGCAACACUACCCGUGGAUUUAUCGACAGUGUAUGACUUUGCACGACAACCUUCUGCAUCCAUUACCUUAAAUAUGGUCAUGAACUUUGGUUUAAAACUUAACAAACAAACACUAUUAAAUAGCUCUCAUUGGUUGAAAGAAGAAUUACCAAAACGUCUAGGAAGACAAGUAAGACAAUUAGACAAUUUACCAAAUGGAUUAAAUUUAAUGCCAUCUGUAAGAUUAGUCAGAGAUUGGUAUAUGACCAGUUUCAAUGAUAUUUAUUAUGCGAAAAAACCAAAGACAAUGGAAGAAGAAUUACAUUUCACAAAAAUUCUUCAAGGAAUUUUCACUAGACACCAUCCGACAAUGAUUAGUGUUGCUAAAGGUGUGAAUGAGUUAAAAAUGAAAUUAAGAGAAUCAAUUUAUCAGAAUGAUGCUAACUUUGAUUUGGCAGAAUUUUCUGAGCUUCAUACUGCAUUGGAUUCAUUUUACAUUAAUAGAAUUGGAAUGAGAAUGUUAAUUGGACAACAUUUGGCAUUACAUGAACAGCUCACUAAACCAUUGAAUGGAUAUGCUGGAUUAAUUUGUAUGAAUACUAAUCCUUUGCUUGUUGCAAAAGAUGCCAUUGAGGAUGCAGCUGAUUUAUGUAGAAUGUCAUAUGGAGAUGCUCCAGAAGUCAUGAUUAUUGGAAGAACUGAUUUGGAAUUUCCAUACAUUCCAAGUCAUUUGUAUUAUAUUUUCUUUGAGCUGUUGAAAAAUUCAAUGAGAGCUGUGGUUGAGAAUCAUCAUGGUAAACAACUACCAAAGGUGCAAAUCAUCAUUGCUGAUGGAGGAAGUGAUAAGGAGAAUAUUUCAAUUAAGAUUAGUGAUGAAGGAAAGGGCAUUCCAAGAAAGGACAUGCACAAGAUUUGGUCCUAUCUGUAUACUACUGCAAAGGUGAAUCAGGACAUGUCCAAAAUAGAAGAAUUCACUGAUAGUCAUGCACCACUUGCAGGUUUCGGCUAUGGAUUGCCCCUUAGCAGAUUGUAUGCCAAGUAUUGGGGUGGUGAUUUGAGUGUCAUGUCCAUGGAAGGCUAUGGAACCGAUUGUUACUUGUAUUUGCACUGUCUAGGAGAAAAGGAAGAAGUUAUUCACUAA